AUGUCUUUCCACGUUCCUGAGCUGUUAGCCAUACGGGACUUUCUCGUCAUCGUGGCCAAAGAAGCAGGAGAGAUAAUCACUUCGGCGAAGCCCUCUUCAGCAGACGCUAUAACCAAGAAAAAUACCACCGACAUCGUCACCGCGACCGACAAAGCCGUCGAGAACCUAAUCGCAACGCGGCUGAUCGCGCGGUACCCAGAGUACGACUUCGUCGGCGAAGAGUCGUCGUUCGACGCAUCCAAGGGCAUCGGGCCCGGCCCGACCUGGGUCGUCGACCCCAUCGACGGCACGUCCAACUUCGUCCACGGCCUGCCCGAGGUCUGCGUCUCGCUGGCCCUGGUCGUCGCCCGCGUCCCCGUCGUCGGCGUCGUCUACAACCCCUUCCUGCAGGAGCUCUUCUCCGCCGCUCGCGGCGCCGGCGCCUACCACCAGCAGCCCACCCGGCACGGCGGCGAGCCCCAGCGAUUGCCUCUCAACAACACCCCGCUGGCCGGCCUCCGCCACGCCUGCGUCGGCAUCGACUUCGGCAGCGACCGCGCCGGGCCCAACUUCGCCCUCAACCUCUCCGUCUUCGCCACGCUCGCCGCUGCCCCCGCAUCAUCAUCAUCAUCGUUCGGCGGCGGCGGCGGUGGUAAAGGAGGCCGCUUCGCCCACUCGCUCCGCGCGACCAACUGCGCCUCCGAGACCGUGUGCCGCGUCGCCGCCGGCCAGCAGGACUGCUUCUGGGAGUGCGGCGCCUGGGCCUGGGACGUGGCGGCGGCGUGGUGCGUGCUGACCGAGGCCGGCGGCAUCAUGGUCGACGGCCACCCGGGCAACUGGCACCCCCCGAUCGACAACCGCCGCUAUCUGGCCGUGAGGCCGGCCGAGCCGGCGAGCGGGCAGGCGGAGUUGGUCGAGGAGUUUUGGGACGUCAUCGGGGAGGGGAGGUCGACGUUCGGGCCGCCAGCUGGACAGGAUGGGCCCUUAGCUUGA